AAAUGCAAAAGAGUUCCAAAGAUGAACGAAAACAGAAAUGCCCAAUUUCCAGGGCAGCCACCAGGUAACUUUGGAAUGAUGAGUAGUCAUCCAGGAUAUGUUCAACCUGGAAUGACAGGAUUUCCCAUGAUGCAACAACAGAGAAUGAUGGGACCACAAACCCCCAUGAUGCAGCAACAAAUGUUGAUGUCUAACAGGGGUCCAAUGAUUCAGGGAAAUAUGUUUCCAAUGCAGAUGGGAAUGAGACCAGGGGUAGGUCCACCAUCAUACAAUCAAGCCUUGACAGACAGUUACAGACAAAGGGGGCCAACCCCAUCCAGAGGGCCAACUCCUGCAAGAAAUAGGGCACCUUUAUCCCCAGAGAGUCAAAGACGAGCCCUAGAACAGGAGAAAAGAGCAAGGCAGUUCCAGGAACAGCAACAGAGGCUGAAGAACUUUAGAGGAGGAAGUAAGGUGGAUGCUGAUUCAUUGAUAGAGUCCAUGUUUGGUAAAUCAGAGAAACCUACACCAAAAAACACUCCUGCCCCUCCUACAGCUAAAGAAGCAACAAAUGCACAGCAAACAGAUGAUGGAUUUGGUGAUUUUCUUGGUGGCCCCUCAACUCCUGCUGGACAGGAAGGUUCCAAUGAUAACCAGAAUGUAAAUAACUUAGAGGCCACUCCCACCACUAAUGAGCAAUUAUCAGCACCACCUACUGAGAACAUUCCCCCAAAAGAAGAAAAGAAAGAUCUCAUGGCUAUGAUGUUUGAGUGUUCUGAUCUCUCAGCUCCUAAUAAAGCAAAGACAUUCCACAAGCCAUCCCUGAAGGAGUUACCUCCCACUCACCACCACCACCAUACAUUCCAGCAGAGUCGCCACGCCCACCAGUGGAAACAGGAAGAGGAUCUUACGGGGCUUUUUAUAGUCCAAGAACCAGCUACAGUAUCAGCUCCACCUACUUCUCCACCCCCGACUGCCCAGGCCCCACCCACACCUGUCAAAUUCGAGGUUCCAGCCUGGUGUCAUGAAGAUGACAAGGUUCCACAUUUAUAUAGACAAGUCCUGGAGGCAGCAACUGUUGAUGGUAAGAUAUCCACAGACAGACUGUACCCCAUUCUGGUUUUGAGUGGUCUACCUAAGGAGACCUUAGGGCAGAUCUGGUCGCUGGCCAACCAGAGUACUCCAGGACAGCUAAUAAAACCAGAACUGUACCUCAUACUGGCUCUUAUUGCUUUUGCUCAGAAUAACAUAACAUCACUAUCACCUGAGAUGUUGAGGAAGUGUCCCCAGCCUCCUGUUCCUUUCCUGGGCCAGCAAGCUACCCCUCCCCCUCAGCCUGCCAGCUCCUCAGAGCUCCCACCCCAGAACAAUGCAGCAGUUGUGAAUUCAGGGAUAUCUGGCACCCUGCCAAUGAUUCAGGGAUCUCAGACACCUCUCACAGCAGGGAAUUCUGGGACAGUUGGAACUUUGCCAACAGUGACAGGUAUCCAGACAUCCAUGGUAACUGGGAGUCCAUCUUCACCUGGAAGUCAGCCAGUGUCUAGUCAAGGAGUUCCUGGGGUAGGAAUGCCAGGAUUUUCUGGUUUAGAGGGAAGUCGGGCUGGUAAAACAGAGGAUGAUGAUUUUGCAGAUUUUCAGGAAGCACCAGCCUUUACUUCUACAGCCAUAGCAACUUCACAAAAGAAAUCAAAUAAACUUAAAAAAGAACCUGAAUAUUUGUACAGCGUUCCUAAGCCAGAAGACCUGCAAAUUCAGAUGUCACCAGACAUGAAUCACUCUAACAUUUCAAACUUUUUUGGCAGUGAUGAUUCCUCAGAGGAAGACUUGUUGAGUAAUGGUAGACCUUGGAGGUCCUACAGUGUUUCAGCUUCUCCACAACGAAAAAUUGUUACUGGCAAGAAAGGUGCUUCAACCCCAAAUAGCAUGGAUGAAGACUUUGAUGAUUUCAAAUCGGCAGACAGCAAACCCAGUGACAGCAGUCAGUUUACUUCAUCUGAGCAGUCAGAAAAUGAGGAUUUCAAGGUGCUGGAGUCUUAUUUGGAUGACUUCAACAGAAAAAAAUCAGAGCAGGAGAAACAACAAGAGAGCCCCCUUCACCGACCCCUCCCAAAAUUUACAAGCCCCCAGUCCUCUCAGCUACCCAGCAAUGCAACACUCUCUGCCAUACCAGCAGCUAGAAAUCUCUGGUCUAAACCACCUACAGUUAAGAAAGAGGCUGCUAAGCCUCAGUCGGAUUUGCCAAGGGCCCACUUUGGAUUAUCACCUCCAGAAUCAUCGGAUUCAGAUUUUGCGGAUUUUCAAGGUGCACCAAGUGAACAGCCACCUGCCCCUUCACAGCCACAAGGUGCUGACCUUUUGAAGGCCUCACAGAGUGACACUUGUUUAAUUGGAGAUGAGGACAAAUAUGCUGCUCUGAGGGCUUUUGAGGUCAGCGAGGACACCUCUGUUACUGUAGCACCUUCCAUAUUUGAUAAUAAAGCCACUGCAGAAAGUGAAGAGGAUUCCUGGGCAGAUUUUCAGGCAGUGUCCACAGAUGCUAAAGUUGAUGAACUAAAGCAGAUUAAUGAUCAAUCUGAUGUGCUGCAAACUAACUUUACAAGUAACACACAAAAUGAUUGGUCUUCAUUUUCAAGUUCAGCCAAUGUCACAUCCAAGGAUGAUUCUGACUGGUCAGCUUUUGGAAAUGGAACUGAGGUAACAAACAUUCCAAAAGAUGAUUGGUCUAGUUUUUCACAAGGAGAGGUAGUAAGUGAUCAACAGAAAGAUGACUGGUCAAAUUUUUCUCAAGGAGAAGUAACUAAAGAUGAAGCAAAAGAUGAAUGGGCUUCAUUUCACUCUUCAACAGCAAGUAAUGAUACAAUAAAAGAUACAAAUGAGGCACCUCAGCUUGUAGAGGUGAAAAAGCAACAUUUACAGACUAAAGACAUACUGGGGUUGUUCAAAGUGAAGGAAAAUCCAGUUAGUGUUGUAUCAAGGGAUGAUUUUGUGGAACCUGAAAGAGAAAAAAUACCCCCAGCUCCAACAAACAUUCCUUCACAAAAAUCUAAAAAGUUGUCUUCGGACUCCGAUAUGGAUGAUGAUCAUUUCAGGGCUCCUCCACCCAUGGAUUAUGUGGAUGAAGAGGAUGAUGCCUUCGGUGACUUUAGCCGAGGUUAUGACUUGGAUGAGGUUGUGAAUAAACCUGCUGCUCAGGAUGAAAAGAAAAAGAAUUUGUACAAUUUCUAUGGAAUGGAUGCUCCAUCCAGUAAAUCCAUAUCACAAGGCUUAACCAACAAAGCACAGACAUCUGUGUUGGAUCCUACAGAGACAGAUUCUUCAAGUGUGUCUGGAAAUGUAUCUGGAUUUCCUAGUAAUCCAGCUAUUUCUGAGGAUUCCAUGUCUACUUCUAGUUUAGAAUUACCUGGAUUGAAAGGCCGGAUUCCUGUUGUCAAAGACAUGGACUCUCAGUCUAUAUCCAGCAAUGAGUUUGGUAAUUUCGAGACUCAUCAGAAAAAGACUUUCAAUCCAGAAUCAAAGUCUCUGGACAGUCUGGAUUUGAAGAAAGAAGAGGUGGAGUCUGUUGAAAAUUUGGAAAUGCCUGAAAAUGAAGUCAAAGAUGAAAAUGUACCUGAACAAAAGGAGAAUUUUUCACAAUUUUCAGAACCAGUUUUGCCAUUUGUCAGUAAAGUUUCCGAGCCACUUCCUGUUCUGGGAGACAGAUACAGCUGUUUGAUGGAGGAUAUUCCAGGAAGUGACAAACAUGUACAUGAAUGGCAGAAAUGUCUGGAGAGUUGUUACAAGGUGGUAAAAGAUGCCAACACAGUCUUUAACUCAAUCAGUAGCUCAGCUGUGUGUAACGAGGUCAUCACUUCAGAGCAGGGCUCAGAGUUUGUCAAAGGUGUUGUUGAAAUCUACAGAGUUGUAUGCAGAAUUAAUGUGUCUAUAGAGUCUACAGGGCUAACAAAUGAAAAAUUAAAACAACUCUUGAAAGACAUAGAUCUGGCCUGGAAUAAUUUGGCAGCCUUUCUUGUUGGAGGAAAUAUGAUGCCAGAGGAUAAAGAUCUAGAUUGCAAAAACGGCAUCUUGAAAUCUGACGAUCAGGUAGCCCAGUUCCGAGCCUGUGGUGUGUGUUUAUUAGACGUAGACGCCACGUGUAAAGACUUCGGCAGUGAAGAGCAGUGUGCCAAACUUACCUAUGGUGGGCGACAGUAUCACGCGGUGUGUGCGAAUUUGUGGGUCAAUCUUGUGGACAGUAUGUUACCCGCUCUUAGGUUGCCAGAAUUGUUAUGAUUUAAAAAAGAAUUGCACUCGGUGCACAAUAGACUUUUCUUUUUUAUCAAAAAUGAUUUUUUAUUAUAAAGGUUUAACAGUGUUAUCCAUUCAGGCAGUAUUGUUGAUAGUUCAGAGAUUGAACUCCCACAUUAUAAACAAAGUAGUGAAACAAAUCUAAUAUUUACCUUUUUCAUGUUUUUUUUAAUGUGAAGUAAAUGUAGGGUUUUAAUUAAAGAACAAUUUUGCUUGGCAAAAAAAAAAACUAUUUAUGGGGGAAAAAAUAGAAGCUAGUUUUACUUACAAUUGAUGGCAUUGCAAAGGUUGGGGGGAAAUGCCAUAUUAUUAGUAAUUUCUGGGUAUUUUGUAAAGUUUGUAUGUUCUGAUCACAAAGAUCAGCUGUGAUGAAUUCAUCUUAUUUUCUUUCAUAACUGACUUUUUCAUUCCCUCAUUACAUAAAAAAAAAAAUGCUUUAAAGAACAUUUCUGCUUUGCAAAAAUUUUGUGUUGUAGUCAAAAGAAAUUUAGUAAAAUUUUGUGAAUGAGUAUUUAAUAAUACUAAACUUGCUUCUCAACAUUCCAUAUCAUAGAAAUCUCAGUGUCAGUUAUCCCUUUUGAGCCUAUGUUGGUGUUAGUUUAAAAUACCCCUUAUGGAACCCCCUCUAUGUUAGUUUCAUGUACAUGUUUUUAUGCAUUGUUCAAUUGCCAAGUGCACAUAGUCAGUGUAGAUGAUUGUAAAGCAGAAAAGGUCUAGAUCUUGGAUUAGAAUUUAUCUGUAUGUGAGGGAUGUUUCUUGAGAAUUUGAAUGCUCUAAAUGUGAACAACUAUAUUGGUUAUUAGUUCUGAAUAAGUAUGAAUGAUCACUUUUACAGUGUACCAUUGAUAUUUUAAGCAUAAGUUGGUGGUACUGUUUUUGUAUAUGUAAUGCUAUAUUUACAAAACAUUAAAAAAAAAUCAUUGAUUUUCUUUGAACUUACAGAGAUAUACACUGUAAAUAAACCGGGACUUAGGUAUAUUCUGUAACAAGAGCCAUAUCUGUAGGGUCUGUCCAUACUUUAAUAUUUGCCAUAUUUAUUAUUAUACAAAAUAAAUGAUUGUUAUUUUUGCAAGUUUUAUGUCAAGAUGCUCAUAAAGUUUCAUCAAAAGUUCCAGUCCACACUUGAUCAAGUUAAUCCAGAUUAACUUUAUCCAAAAUCUUGGUCAUAUCCACAGACCACACAACAGUUCUGAUUGUGGAGUAAUUUUACCAUACGUAAUGCUACUGUGAAUUAAUGAUGUCACAUUAGAUACUUGAUUGAGUUCAUUCUCAGUAUGGUAACCCAGUGUGGAUGCAAGAAGAGUUAAUCCACAUUUAUCCGAGAAUACUGUAAAUUCCUUAUUUUAUGCGAGUACUUAAUGUCGCGAAAGGGCUCUUAGACGCCAAAUCGCGAGAACAAUUAUUCGCGAUUGGACGGUUUAUAAUGAGAUUUAACAUUAAUUUCAACACCAUAAAAAUAAAAGCGAGUAAUUUUAUUUCGCGAGUGUAUUUAGGAAUCUACAGUAAUGGGAUUAACUCUGUAGUGUGGAGUCAAGACUGGCCAUUAACAGGUUAAAAGUUAACCAAAAUAGGAUUUCACUAUCAAAAGUGGGAUUACAAAUGUGUUUUUUUUUAUGCUUUUUUUUUUUAAAUGAAAAUAAUGUUACUCAAAUGUUACUCUAUUUAAAGAAAUCUGCCGGAAGAUUUUAAUUUAUUUUUCAAAAAGCUUAAACAAGAGUAAACAAUUUGCUGACUCUUACAUGUCUUAAAACGUAUAAUUGUCAUAUGAUG